AUGGAAAACUACCAUACAAAGACUAUCUCGAGAGAGCUCUACUUAUACGUACUGCUACUGGGUGUACUUCGCCCUCGUAUCUAUUCUUGCAGAGAACCAUUUCGGAACAAGUUGGUCGUCAGAAAUAUCGAAUUUGAGGAAAAAAUUGAGUGCGAAUGUAGUCUUGAUCAAGACUACUUAAUUCCACUCUGUUUUCUAACUAAUUUCGCGAUGGGUAGAAGUAUAACGGCAUUGGAUGACCUAACAGUCAACAAUAUUGGAGUCUUCAAAAAAAUUAACGAAGUUUCACUUUCCACAGCCUAUCCUGAAUCGUGGUACACGGCAUCGUUAAAGUCUACGGAUAUCAUUGUUCAACUCGCUUUUUAUUCAGAAUUACCAGUGGGAGCAAUAAGAGCACGAUCCUUUAAUAACAAUCAAAUCAAGUCAUCGUUUGCAGAAGCACUCAAUUCUACCACAUUGCAAAAGACCCCCAACUGUAUCUACAUUGAAAGUUUUGCCGUUUUGGAAAAAUAUAGAAAUUUGGGAAUAGGCUCCGAAUUGCUUGCUUGGGUAAUUAACGAAACCAAAAAUAGAUUCAUUCAUGAAAUUGUUGUUCAUGUGCAAGCUAGCAAUGAAAAAGUUAUAAACUGGUAUAUUAAAAAGGGUUUCGAGAAACGUGAUUUAGUGAAGGACUAUUAUAAAGAGCAAGGGUUGGAAACACCAGACGCAUACAUAUUAACGCUCCUGGUUUAA